AUGGCGGAGUUUUACAGCCAUCUGAACACAGCUGCGUAUGAAUCUCAUGCAAAAGUGAGCUUUAAAGCGUUUGAAAUCGCACCAGUCAUCGAAAGGAUAGUAACUACAUCCGCAGAAAGGCCCAAAACUGUAAGUAGUUUGUUGUAAUAAUUUUAUUAUGUGAACAAAAUUCCAUUCAAGGUUCUUCUUAUUAAGAGAUUCACACUGUAGGGGGUUUACCUCGGUGUAAGAACCUAUGAUCUUUUUCUUUGUUUUGCACCUUUUGUUUUCUUAGGUUUUGUUGUGUUGACUUCUUUGAUUCCUUUGCUUUACGUCACUUGUGAGUUUCACAGGUUCUUACACCGAGGAAACACUGUGGGAAUUUGAUCGACUUUGUGAUUUUUCUUAUAAAACUUGUAUUAUUUACGAGGCCCUUGUAGGGAUGGGGAGGUGAGUUUGAAGCACGUGUAAACUGACGUUACACGAAGCACAUCGAGCGGUUGUACACUAAAUAACUUCAUUAUAAAAGUAAAUGAUGUUGUCAUUAAAAAAAAAACAAUACUCUUUUAGGUUGAAUGCAUUGACUGUGCAGCUCAGAAUUUAUAUAUUGGAACAACGGAUUGGUAUGUCUAUAUCAGGGGGUUGGGGGGGAGACUAGGUCUGGGACCGAGAAACGAUGUUCUCACAACUUGCAAAGCGGUCACCUUAUGUGAUGGUCAGAGGAUAAUUCCAGUAUUUUUCCCACAGUAAAUAUUUUAAUAGAAGAAAGAAGCCAACCAGCAGAGGAAAUGAUUGAAAAAUUGAAAAAAUAAUAUCAUGCAUCUUUGUUUUUCUUGCAUAUUUCAGUAUUUGUCCUUUGGUACUGAAAUUGUGCAACCGUGUUAGAUCUUAACCAACAACAGGGCACUCGAUCGAUAUAUAGGUUACAUCAUUUUUUCCAGGGGGAGGACAUCACAAGAUUAUAUGAGUUAUAAUGCUGAUAAAUAUUACUGCAGAAAGCGUCAAAUUGAUUGGAAGUAAGUAUUUUCAAGUGAGCCUCAUAAAUAUGAGCUUACAGCUGUACAUAUCAUACCUGAAUAAAAAUUCACACUUCAUAACAUUUCUCUUCAUUUAUUAUGAUCAGUCAACACCUUGAAUUCAAAGAUAAAAUUCAAAAUGAUUCUAAUAAACAAAUCACAACUACGACUGAAUGCUCUGUACCUUGAAGCGACCUUAACUUUCCUAAGGUUUGUAGCAAAACACUGCUUGAUAGCUCAACUCUUCAGCCGUUCUUAUCAGCUACAUGCAGCUAUAUGUUGCAUAUUCCAAACUCUGCAGAGGGUAAUUGUUUAACAGAAAAAGAAAACUACACACUAUGUCUGAAAUUUGCAAAUUACCAAAAUAUAAUAGUGAGAAACAGUCCCUCCUUGGACCGCCAUGUUUUUGUUCCUUCUCAAAACCUUUGAUCUACAGUUUUUGAUGUAAUGCGCAUGAUCAGUACGCAAAUCCGCUGGCAAGACCCCUUUGAUCACUUUGAUCACUUUGCAAGUUGUAAGAACAUCGUUUGGAUGUCAUUUAAGAGAAUGUAUGGGAAGUAGCUUCCCCCCCGGUCUGUAUGAUAGACCCGAGGGAGAUACUUCCUGAUAACAGGCUAAUGGGGAUGUGCCGCUGUAUGGGGUCGCAUUUUCACAACUGGAUUGACUUUAAUGGGGUCACACUAAUUCAAUAGAGUUACUAGAAUGGGGUUGGACAUUUUCGGAUUUUUUUGGGUAAGACAGUUCUUGUUAUUUAGGGUUAGCAAAUGUACCAGAAUGUUUGUACUCUAGAUGAAGAGUAAAGCAUUCUUCAUUCAAUCUCACAAAUGUGUCAAUUUAUAAAAAUAGAAAGUGACUAAGUUGGUAUCGCGAAAAUUACGUAUUUGCCCAAAAGUGACUAAGAUGGGAUCUAUAAUUGGCCACAGAAUAGACUAUAAUGGGGUAGGGGCUCUGAGAGGCCAGCAGCACUGCUAAUUUUAUGCAUUGCACAACUUUAAAACAGUAGCUUGUUAAUUAAAGUCAACUAUAUACCUAAGGGGACGGCUAAGAAUUUCUAGAUGACCAUUUCAUUCAUGUACAGUUUUCGAAGCCCAUCUUACAAAUACAAAAAAGGAAACAUAAAAUUUUCGGAUUCAAAAAUGUGAUGGAGAGAGGAAUCAGUAGAAUCCACACUUUUGUAGUACAUUAAAUUGCGUCUAAAAUUUUGGGUAAAAUAAUGCUAAAGCCCUUGUUUUUUGGUUUUAUCUAAUUCGCGGAACCUACAGAACCCACGGAACCUACAGAACCUUAAAUUAAAGCAAAAAAAUGGUCAUGCAUGUUCCUGAAUAUGGCGUAAGCCAUUUCCAGGGUUGGGAUUUCUUCUUCUUAGUACAAUAUGAAGAUUUUUACUGUUUUAGACUGAUCAAUUUACCAGAUGUAGUGUGGGCACUGGUCUAGGCACAGGCAGCCUAAAAGAAAAAGCCCUACUCAGGUUCCCUCAAAAGUUGUGUAAAAUAGAUUAUUUAGCAGUUAAAUUUAAAACUACAAUAAUUAUCAAGAAGUGAAAAAAAUGGGAUAGAAUACUUAGAGACUCCCUAAUGGAGUCUCCAUUUUACACCAUGUGGAGAUGGCAAGGGAUGUAUUUCGCAAGAUCAGUUGUUUAACCACAUUGGAUACUUGCGUACUCUGUGUUUGAUUCCAUGUCGUUAAACAUUAUGUUAACUAAAAUAAUUAUUAUCCUUUCAAUGAUCAGUACACUUAAAAAUUCAUUCACCUAAGAAUAAGCUUAAAUGUUUUCAUAGAGCUUAUUUAGUUUUAAACAAAAAUACUUGUAGAGAUGCCAAUACACACAAAUAGACUCCUGCAAGGAGAAACAAAUCAGAUCACAUGAAAGAAUGUAGAAUCUGUGUCGACCAGAGUGUUCACUGUAAACUAGAAAUUGGGUGAAGCAUACCACUGUCCUUUUUCGGCUUUUCUACAUCUCUUCCUUCCUCUUUCCGCGUCUCUUCGCACUUCUGUGACUCAAGACUAGACUUUUCAUAUUGAGAUACUUGGUGUAUGAAUAGACUUGAAUUGAUGUUGGAGACUAUAUUAAUUUUGGUUCCAUGUUGUGGUUCAAUUUUAUCCUUGGUUUAAAUUUUAUAAACUCAUUUUUAAACUCAUUAUCAUACAUUACCAAACCCCAAAACAAAGGAAAAUGAAAUUUAAACCAAGGAUGAAAUUGAACCACAACAUAUACAUCCUAGAUCCAUCGUAAAUUAUGUCCCUUUUUUUAAAAAAAUGAGGUAUUGCUGUGGCUAAGUAGUUAUAAUUUUAAAGUAGUAUUAGAAGAUAGUUAAAAAAAGCCAGGAAAAAUAGAAUAGAACAGGAAGCGGAAAGCAAUGAAGAAGAAGAAAUAAAAUUCCAUUGUCGGAGUUGGAGCAUGCACCCUUUCGCAAGCAAAAAACUUCGCGUGUUGUGACUUAAAACCAUUUAGCCAAAGUAACCAAUUAUUAUGAAACGCACAAUGAUAAUAUCAAUUAAAUAAGAUUACCGUAAUUCCUUGGAUAAUAGCUUGGGGCGAUUAUUAUUAUUAUUUUUUGCACCAAAAGGGGCCGAUUAUUCGAGGAAGUGAUUAUUUCAAAAUAUUGCUCCCUGGAAAACGUGCAAUAAAGAUUUUGUUUUAUUAUCCCAUUAAAUAGAAAAAAAUAAUAAUCACGUCCAAAUUUGGUUCCUUGAUUGAUUUUCAAAGUCAGUAUCCUCGGCAUCAGAGCUUGCAUCGUCACUGAUCAGUUUUGCUGGAUCAGACUCUAGUUCAGCUUUGCUUGUUAUUCAAGGUGUCAAUUUUUUACUUAAGAGAGGUAGGGGGUGAUUAUUCGAGGGAAGUGAUUAUUUUGAAUAUUUUCAUCAAAGGAGGGUGAUUAUUUUGUGGUAGGUGAUUAAUUGUGGGACAGCUAUCAUUCGAGGAAAUACGGUGUGUCAUGAUCACGGAAUAAAAAGAAACACAUCUUGGACGGGUUAAAUUCGUAUUAGUGGUAAAUGAAAUCUACAAAUUGACUCAUGGAAACAUAUAAUGUGCCAAAAAAUGACAACAGAAGAGAACUGGAGCUUUCAAAACAUCUUUUCCAACCUUGUGUGAUGAGGUAUAAACUGCGUGUUUACAUUAUUUCCAUGAUAAUUAAUUUUUGCAGAUUUAUGACUUGGAAUUAAAUUUUAAGUAAAGACUGAUAAAAUGCCAUUUAUGUGUAUUAAUUGGGAAUCUCAGUUAGGCUCCUUAUUUUGGGCUACAUGUGGGUAGACUAGUGCCCAUACUAAGCUUGGUAUCUUGAUCAGUUUAAAAUAGUGAGAAUUUUAAUGUUGAAUUAAGAAGAAAUUCCUACCCUGGAAAUGAUUUAGACCAUAUUCAGGAACAUGUAUCUGUUUUUUUUUGCUUUCCGUAGGUUUUGAGAGUUCUUUGGGUUCCGCAAGUUAGAUAUGCCACUUGUAAUUUCAAAAAGAAUCAAGUUUCCCUUUGAUGACUGAAAAGCUACAAAUUUUAUAGCGUUGCUUAGAGUGCAUUUCUAGAGAUCUAAAAGUACCCUGCAUGGCCCAAAAAGUGUUUUUAAUUUAUUUAGGAGGAAACCGUCGUUGGGUGCCCCUGUCUUUUAUUUUCUUCUAUUUUUAGUACCCUGAGUUCUCUUGUUUAUGUCAUCACUAGAGGACAAAUAGUUAACAGGAAUUAUGCUUGGAAGGAUCUACUGUUCUUUCUAGAAGAACGCAGCAGUUCCCUGACUUAAAAAAGCCAGUUUUUUGACUUUGAUCUGCCAACAACUAAUCUUUGAUAUUAAUUUUAUAUAAUUGUGUUGGCAACGUAUUUAUAGUAACUAGAGCUGUUUCCCUACCACUCUUGUUGGGAUUUAAACAAUUAUUUAUUUUGUCUCCAGUUUUGUUCUUCAUUAUGUCAUUGAUGAAGGAGUUUCACCACUGGGUAAAACAACAUUUCAGUCAGGACUGCAAGCAAGCAAGCAUCUUGGAAUGGUUUGUUGAUAACAAACAACUACAGUUGAACCUUCUUUAAAUUGUCUUCCUUUUAAGUAGCCACCAUCUAUGAGGCUGCCAUUACUACAGUUGAACCUUCUUUAAAUUGUUUGCCUUUUAAGUAGCCACCAUCUAUGAGGCUGCCAGUAAUAAUACCCUAAAAUAAUAAUUUAGAAAAUAAUAAUAAGUGAAACCUCUAUUAGUGGCCAUGAAGUGCUUGAUACACUUAAAUGCAGUUUAGCUUUUUUAAAAAUAUGUUAAAGGAAACUGCAGCUCUAGAUACAGUGUAGAUGGUAAUGACUGAUUGUCAACCAUGUUGCGUGUGUGUUACAAAAUAAGGUGAUGUUUCUGCCGAGGAGUUUGCUAAUUAAGAGUGGCCAACCUCCAUUAAGCGGCCACUUGCCGGUACCCCAAGGGUGGUCGCUUUAAUGGCGGCUCAGCUGUGUACAGUGUAUGUUUUAAUCUUAAUUUAACAUGAUACACAGUCACCUUGCUUGUGUGAAGUCAUUAUACAAUGGCAGAUACUAUGUAAAAUUCAUCCAGGUCAACCUUGAACUUAAUGUAAUGAUCUUCCAUUUUUACCUUCUUUUCUUAUUAACUGAUAAUAUUAAGCAGCCUUUUUGUACAGGUUUUUCGUUUUCUUUGACAAUCUCCAAUUUUCAAUAUUUCCUUUUGUCUGAAAUUAAUAUUUCAUUUUUAAUUUUAAAGGGACGGUUUCAUGGUUCAGCUCAUGCUCAUAAAUGAAAAUGCUGUUUUCUGCCAGGACAUGCUGUAUCGUCUAUGCAAGCAAUAUGAUCAUGUUAUGAUGUUGUCAAAGAACCAUCUCUCUUGGCAGUCACUUGAUCAACUUGUGUGCAAAUAGCUGUAAAUUAUCAACCAUGGAAUAAAACCUUUGGGUCAACAAUAAAUUCAACGUUAGCAGUGUUGGCAUGAUCCACUAAUUUUUUCUGCGAUUUUAGUACUCCUCCACCCUACUUCAGGUUACUUUGAAAUACACUUCUACUUUGAAAUACACCUUGAAAUCACUGAGAUACAUGUGAGUGGGAUUAUUUACCAACAGAAUUAAUAAAAAAUUGGAAAAAAGUAAUUUAAUUAAUGUGCAUGCGCUGAACUGUGAACUUGUCCCUUUAAAGAAUUCUCUACUUUGUUGAUGAUAAACUUUUUCAUUUUCAUUGAUUUCAGAAAAAGCCUGUUGUGCAGGUGCUGACAGCUCCAGCAAUAAACAGACUUCUUGUGCUCUGUGAUGGUAUGUUUUUUUUUUCCUGCUGAGGGGAUAACACUCAUCCUAACCUUGAUUAUUCUGAAUAUCACAAUCCACUGAACUUUGUUUUGUUUGUUUUGGCUUACAUACAUACUUGUUUCACAUGUAAUUAGGUAUCUUAUUUUCAGUUUAUUUAGCUUGUUAACAGCAUUAAUGUCUCCACUUUUAGAAUGUCAAAAUAUAGAUUUAUUGCAUCAGUCAAAGUGAAAUAAUGCAGAAUGUUUUGUGGUUUAAUGUAGGUACUACCCUGCUGAUAUUAAAGGGAGAAAUGACACAUUUUACCGUUGUUAUAGAUUACCAUUUCAACAUUAUCUGCUGAUUAAAUUCUGUUUAUGUUUCUUUUGGCAGGUGGGAUUUUGAUGUUCACUAUGUUUGGUUUAGAGGUGAGUUAUAUUAUAUCUUAUUACUGACAUUUUCAUAUAACCUUAAGUACACGUAGUUCACAGGCUUUGCACAGUCUUCUUGAAAAAUCCUUGAAUUUUAGUGGAAGUUCUUGAAAAUUCCUAAAAUUUCUUUGCAAGUCCUUGAAAAGUUCUUGAAUUUUCUUCAGCUUUUAACAUAAUAGCCAGAAAAAUGUUUUUUAAUGGUUUUGGUUUUCCNCAGACUUCUUGUGCUCUGUGAUGGUAUGUUUUUUUUUUCCUGCUGAGGGGAUAACACUCAUCCUAACCUUGAUUAUUCUGAAUAUCACAAUCCACUGAACUUUGUUUUGUUUGUUUUGGCUUACAUACAUACUUGUUUCACAUGUAAUUAGGUAUCUUAUUUUCAGUUUAUUUAGCUUGUUAACAGCAUUAAUGUCUCCACUUUUAGAAUGUCAAAAUAUAGAUUUAUUGCAUCAGUCAAAGUGAAAUAAUGCAGAAUGUUUUGUGGUUUAAUGUAGGUACUACCCUGCUGAUAUUAAAGGGAGAAAUGACACAUUUUACCGUUGUUAUAGAUUACCAUUUCAACAUUAUCUGCUGAUUAAAUUCUGUUUAUGUUUCUUUUGGCAGGUGGGAUUUUGAUGUUCACUAUGUUUGGUUUAGAGGUGAGUUAUAUUAUAUCUUAUUACUGACAUUUUCAUAUAACCUUAAGUACACGUAGUUCACAGGCUUUGCACAGUCUUCUUGAAAAAUCCUUGAAUUUUAGUGGAAGUUCUUGAAAAUUCCUAAAAUUUCUUUGCAAGUCCUUGAAAAGUUCUUGAAUUUUCUUCAGCUUUUAACAUAAUAGCCAGAAAAAUGUUUUUUAAUGGUUUUGGUUUUCCAAGAGAGAAUAUGCUGUACAGCAUUUUUUGAACAUUUUAUAUCAAUUUAAGACAAGUGUACUGAAAAAUGUAGGUUAAGUUUAAGCCUUAAAGUCUUGCUAGAAUGGACUGGGAAUGCACAUUUUUGUACAGUCUGUGAAAUUACUUUCCUUAUUAGGUGGUCCUUGAAAAUCAAAUGUGGUCCUUGACAAGUUCUUGAAAAGUCCUGAAAAAAUGGUUGUAAUAUUUUUUGUAUGAACCCCAGUUCAUUUCCAACUUAUGUAUAUGACCCUACCUAUGGUGGAAUAACAAUAUACACUGCUUGCAAUUUUUUUCCCUCAGCAAUACAGAUUGUACUGUGGAUGUAGCUUUAUAUGACGGAUUAGCAUUCCCUCCAAUGGGUUGUAAAAUUAUUUGACUUCUAAAACUGUCAAAAUUUGAUUAUUGUUAUAAAUCAGUUGCCUUUAUAAUUAUUAUUGGUUCCAAAUUUUCUUACAGUUUUUGGCCACAGGAUUUAAAGACAGAUUUAAAGGGGUAAGUUGAGCAAUAGCAAUAUAUUUCCAAGUGGUGUUGAUUUUUGGAGAUUGCUCAGAAGCAAAAAUGCAUGAACCAUAUUUAUAGAAGUCUAUACAUCUAAAAAAUCUGCUUCAAUAAUAAUAUUAUUUAUUUAUUAUAACAGCUUCAAGUUUCAUGGCUGUGAAAAUUCAGUACAUGUAUUUUUAGUAGAGGCAACUAAAGCUAGCUGUUAUCAUGCAUUUUAAACUUUGUCAAGAGUAAUAACAUUGUUGAAUCUGACCUGUGUUUUUUAGGUGACUGCAAUCUGUAGAAAUGAUAACCCAAAUUUAUUUGAUCCAUUUGCUGUUGAGGUAAGUCCUCUUUAUUAAACACAUCUGAUAGAUUUUCAUUGUAUUCAUGCAGUGCAGUUGUGUAUAUUCUGUACCUUUCCCCUUUUACGUUACUCAAAUUUUUUUUAUGUCUUUCCUUUACGUGCUCUGCAAUAAUUAAAAAUGGAAUAUUGUUCAUAAAAAGAAAGAAAAAAUAAGAUAUUGUUUUAAAGUUGCUAUUAUCAGAAGUUCUAUGGUUGAAACGUUAAAUAGAUUUAUUUGAGUAGUUUGAAGAGGAAUGCAUGUGGUCUCUGAUGCUCCAAUUAUUUUUAUAUUUUGAAAUUGCUCACUAAUUCAUGAUGUCAUAUGUGUAGUUGAUAUAAUAUGUAAAAUAGUUAAAAGAGUUUUUUUUUACUGGCACUAUGUAUUUAUAGGUUUGCAUGGCACUUUCUAAGAAGAGAGCUGUUCACAUUUUAUCAGUUACUGAAGACAAGAUCAUUCCACUUAAAGAAAUUCAGCUUCCAGAACCACCAUUACAUAUGGUGAGUGACAAUGAGAUUAGACUGCUGAUGAUAUUAAAAAGAUGAACUUGGGAGCAGGUAGAAGGGCCUAUAGCGUAAAAGGGAAGCAUUGUCUUAGAGGUAACCAUGGCAACCAAGCGAGCACCAACCACCUCAAAAACACCCCUGACCCCAGUGUCAUAGGCCUUCAAUAGCAAUGAUCAGCUAAGCAAAGCAAAGCUGAGAUAUGCAAUCAAAUGUCAGCCCCUGCAGACCAAGCAACCACUCCGCACAAGCCUGCCUGCCUGAGGCUCAACCGCCAACCCGCUAGCAUUGUCUUGAGGUUAACCUUGCCAAAAUUACAAUUUAGCCACAUUUAAAGCAAUAAAUGUUUUCUGAAUCAUUGAUUAUUAAUAUGUGGUUUUGAGCCACUAGAAUGGUUUUGUUGUGUAUAAUUACAUCAUUGAUUUUAAAACUCAUGCAGGCAGUGGAUGGAGGUGCUGUGUGUGUGGCAUUGGCAAACCAGCAUAGGUACUGCAUGGUCAACAUUCAGACAGGCCAGGUACAGCUUCUUUUUACCUUUUUUAUUCACUCUGUAUAAUAUAGAGGUAAACGAAAUAAAUACAGUCAUAACCCCUUUUCUUGAGCAGACCCACUCUUGUUCCCAGAGUCGGCAUUACCCUUGUCCAGUGGAACAGGUGAUAGUGAAACAUGGUUUUGCUGGACAAGGUUAACACAACAUUGGGAAUGAGAUUGGAAUAGACCUCCCUGCAAACUGGAAAAAGUCACAGCAAAAAGACAAGGGUUUAUUUCUUCAGACAAAGGUUAUAAUUUUUGGAGAAGGUUUUGUAAUGCAGUUGUUCUUUUGUGAGGAUCUUCUUUAUAUUUAGUUUUAUCCAUCUUCAACAAUCAUAGAGUCUCUUUAUGUUCUUGUCAUGCUUUUAGCUAAUAUAUGUAUCAUAUGCCAGGCACAUUGUACUAGUUGUAAUUACUCUUUUGCCUGCCUAUGUGCUGACACUUAGGUUCAAGAAUUGUUUCAUUAUGAAGCUGAGAUGACAAAAGGACUGGUCAUGGGUGUUGGAAUGGUGAGCUAUCUCUAGGAGUGUUGGCGAAUGGCCAUACGAAUUUGAGGAUUUCAAAAAAUAUUAAUCUGGUCUCAGUUGUUCAAAUGUUGGAUGGCAUUAUCCACCAGAUUAAUCCCUAUCUGCUGGAUAGUGCAAUCAGUGUCCCUAAUACUUAUCCACUGGAUAGUGAUUUAUCCAGUGGAUAGCACUGUCCAACUUUUGAACAACUGGGGCCUGAUCUGGGAAAAUGAGUACAUGGUAGCAGUAGUACCAUUUGCCACACCUAUCUACACAUGAACUGCAAUACGCUAAUAUCCUGGGGCCGGUUGCUCGAAGCCUGGUUAGCGCUAACCGUUGGUUAAGAGGUAUCAAAAUGUAUAGGUUUCCAUGGUAUUUAACGCUGGUUAGCACUAACCAUGCUUCGAGCAACACGGGCCUGUUAGUUAAUCUGUGUGACUUGUAUUUUUUGAAUGUCUUUUGGUAAGAUAUUGGAUCUUAGGUAUCAUGACUGGAUGCCAUUUUUUGGUCUCAACCUCGUGCAAAGUGUUUCAUAACAAGUUGUUUUUGGGUGUGGGAUAACCCACAGUUCAGGAGCAUAUGAUUUUCUUAAAGGUCCCAGUAAUUACCAGGCCCAUUGGGCUUUUUUUUUACAUGUGCCAUGUUUAAGUUCAAGAUUAAGCUUUUCACAGUUUUCAAAGUAGUGCAAUGUAAUUACCAGAUAAAGAAACAAAAUGGACUGGUUAGGGGGCUGGAAUCCUCACUGACAUUCUUUAACAUGAUUUUGAUUUUUAAACAUGGCUUUGAUCUGAAAAGUUACUGCACUUUUGAGAAAUGAACCCUAGGGUCCAUGGUCUAUUUUUCACAUUAACCUCUUCCCAUGAGGCUCUUGGGGCCAAAUGUGCCAGAAUUUCUCUCUUUCCCCAAUCUUAACUUCUUCUUCUUGUUAAUUUUUUCUAUUUUACAUUUAGGGGGAUGUAAUUCAAGGCUUUUCUGCUCUUGUCCUACAUGUAUUUGUUCAAUCAAUAAUCCAGUGUAGUCCACUUUUGAAGCGCACACUUGGCAAAGGUCAUCAUGUUUUGAAUUUUUCGUUGCAGGAAGAAUUUCUGUUAAAUGGUCCUACAGAUGUCAUGGGAAUGUUUGUUACAUCUGAAGGUACCUCUCAGAGAGCUCCACUCAGCUGGUCAGAAAGGUUGCUGGCUCUUGGCUUUUCUUUCCCUUAUGUGAUUGCACUGGGAGCAAGUUCCAUUUCCAUUCACAGGUAAGUGAUACUUUGCUGUCUAUGCUCACCCAAAAUGUGUGAAGAAUAGCUUCACUUAUGAAGAGUGUCUUGGGUAUUUUAUGCAGGGACAAGGAUUAUUAUAGUCCGUUAGCAUGCAGCUCUCUUUGCAGGAGUUUCAGAAUCCAAUUCUCUGGUGUGACGUCAAGUCACACCCAAAAAACAGAGCACUGGUGGGAAAAGGGGGUUAAAAUGAGUGCACAGUUGGCUUUGGGUUUGUCAAUCUAAUGGGUGCUGCUACAAGUUACUAAGGGACUGGUCAAAAAGUAUAGGGGGGGGGGUGGGCCGGAGCAUUUGGAAAUGUGGUUGAUAAAAAACACAUGACCCACCCCCUCCCUUCGGCGCAAAAAUGACUGACCCACCCCUAAAGCAAGGUUGGAAAUUGCAUGACCCACCCCCUAGUUAAAACAUAGAUGUUUGGUUUCCUCUUAAUAAUCCAAUAAAACCUUGUUCUGUGCUUGACAAAAUUUGUUGAUACACUGCUACAACCAAUAUCAAAAUCACAGAAAUCAUACCUUUCAGUGAAAAGACAAAUGUGAAAAACCGAACAUUUCUUGUUUCGAUGGACGUUAUGAGUCUUGACACAAAUAUACAGCAAAACGAGGGUAUAUUGAAAUUGUCUGUCACAAAGCAUAUUAAAAUUUCUACAAAGACAACCCAUUCCUACACAUUACUUGCCGGAAAUGCUCAGAUUAAUCCUCAAAGAAAAGUUCUUCCACUUCAAUGGAAAGCACCACCUACAAAACCAUGGAACUGCAAUGGGCACAAAGACAGCAGCUUUGAUUCCUUUGCCAAUAUUUUCAUGACAUAUAUUGAAACAACAACUCUUAGCAAAACUGUCUUUAGAACAACAGUUUGGAAAUGCUACAUACACAAUUUCUUUUUGUUAUGGGACAUGAGUAAACCAGACAUCGAAGCCUUCAUUGAACAAGCAAACUUACAUCACCCAAAUUCACGGCUGAAACAUUUGACACUGAGACUGCGUUUUUAGACACGGUGUAUACAAAGGCACAAGAUUCAAGGAAAAAUCUAUCCUUGAUCAUAGGCGUAUGGGAACUUUUUUGCCAGGGGGGGCGGUAAACCAUUUGCCCAAAAACAUCUCGCAAGUUGCCCAAAUUUUUACGAAACAGUCGAAAAGAAAUGAGUGCCAUAUUGCAACAACAUAGGCCGUCCUGGCAUAUGAAGGUGGCUCGACACAGUUUUUCAGGGUCAAUACCAAGUCUGAGCAUAAACUACGUUGCCAUAAACAAACAUUUGGAAAAAUUGCGACCACAGUUGUAUUAAGAUGAAAAUUUGUCAUCAUCAGGGUCGCAAUGAUAUCGGAGUUGUCAUAGCAACGAAAUGACUGCAUUACCUAUUUUACUUCAGCAACGAUUCUCGGGACGGGAACCUUACAAAAUCGUUCACAGGAGCUUUUUUCUCCAAUACGGUCGCCUGGAUGUUCGUGAAGUUUAAGCAAAACCUUAAGAGCGUUAUCGAGAUAUUUUGCAAUGAAGUUUUUAUUAUUAGAAAUAGGGUAAGAAAAGGAAAAUCUUUGUUUUUUGGCAGUUAUCUGUAGAAAACGAAGCGCUUUUGACCUGCAAUUUCACCUCAUAGUAGUUUUAAUCUUUUUAAAAACAUGUGUGAAAGAUUGUGGAGAUAACUCUGCUUGAUUGCUAGAAUCGAAAGAAGGAUUUGAUUAGUAUGUAUCGAGCCAUUCUUGUUAGCGAUUUUGUAAACAUUUCGGUCUACUUUAACAAAUUAGCGAAUUAUUUUAAACCGCUCGAUAGAUUUUUUAAACGAAUUAAUAUUCUUCUCGUAAUUCAAACUGAGAAUUAGUCAGCCACUUCUUCAUUUUCAUACCCAUUGUAGCCUUCGUAGGAAGUGUUUCCAGUCGAACUCGCGCGGAAACGCUUGCUAUGCAGGCAAUACCCAUUGCUAAAUACUAUCUGCCAUACACUGUUCGUCGAGUGGAGAUGAUUCUAGAAAGUUUAUUUUAAUCAAUUCUCGACUGGAAAUAGCCCAUUCCAGCUAGUGCAGUGCAGUAUGGUGCCCAACCAAAAAAAAACUGCAAAUAUGUAAAUUACUCAUCACAUGCUAAGCAACCACUGUUAUGUAACUGGAUUAUUACGCUGACUUCAGGUUAAUAUUCAGGUCUUUAAAAUAAUUAAAUAAAAUGGAGACGUCUUUAAAAACUGCCUUUGCCCAAAUUUUCUCUCGCUGCCCAAAAAAUCUGAGUUGCCCAAAAUUUGGGAGGGCUGCAGCCCCCCUCGCCCCCCCGGCCCCUACGCCUAUGUCCUUGAUGCAAAGACACAUUUUAAACAAACGGAAAGCUUCUUGCACACACAUUUCACCUCGUGUCACCCUCCAAAUGUUAAAAAAAGGAUUUGUCAAAGGAGAAGCCUUGAGAAUCCUACGAAAAAACUCCUCAGAAACAACCUUCGAGGAAAAUAAUUCAAAUUAAAAAAAAACACUUGAUAGACGGGGGCUACCCACAAUCUUUGAUAGAAAACCUACUAUCAGAAAUAAAAUUCACAAAAGGGAGUCUAAACUCCUAAAACAAAACAACAAGGAGGAAAAAGAAAUAUUGCCAUUCGUGACACUAUACCAGCCCUCAGUGUCUACUAUAAAGGAAGCUUGAAUGAAAAAAUGGAGUCUUAUACAAAACCAAUGAUAACUUCAAUAAAUUUUUAAAGAACCACCAAUCCUUUCCUUACAAAAAAGGAAAAUCAUUAAAGGACAUGCUCGUUAGAGCCAAAAAAAAGGUUAACAGAGGGUUCCACGCCCGUAUAGAUUUGCGGCUUGUCACCCUUUUUUAUUUUCUCGCAAAACAGGUUUGUGAGUAUUUUAGCAAUAAUUCCAGCUGGCUGUGUUUUAUAUAACAAGUGUAGUGACCCACCCCCUAAGGGUAGCUGAAAAUUGCACGACCCACCCCUUGCACAAGGCUCAAAACCUCAUGNUUCGUUGCAGGAAGAAUUUCUGUUAAAUGGUCCUACAGAUGUCAUGGGAAUGUUUGUUACAUCUGAAGGUACCUCUCAGAGAGCUCCACUCAGCUGGUCAGAAAGGUUGCUGGCUCUUGGCUUUUCUUUCCCUUAUGUGAUUGCACUGGGAGCAAGUUCCAUUUCCAUUCACAGGUAAGUGAUACUUUGCUGUCUAUGCUCACCCAAAAUGUGUGAAGAAUAGCUUCACUUAUGAAGAGUGUCUUGGGUAUUUUAUGCAGGGACAAGGAUUAUUAUAGUCCGUUAGCAUGCAGCUCUCUUUGCAGGAGUUUCAGAAUCCAAUUCUCUGGUGUGACGUCAAGUCACACCCAAAAAACAGAGCACUGGUGGGAAAAGGGGGUUAAAAUGAGUGCACAGUUGGCUUUGGGUUUGUCAAUCUAAUGGGUGCCGCUACAAGUUACUAAUAUAAAAUAUUUACCACUUUUCUGUUUUGUUCACUUAGCAUUAUAGGACAAGACCAAAAGUCAGAGAAGCACUCACUUUCAUUUAAGGUACAACUGCCUGCCACUAUCAGCCCCAUUAUGAGCUUAUACUGUGUAUGAUAUGUGUUUGCAUAGCCCCUCUUUGGCAUUUUUCUAGGCCUUGUUAGUCAAUUCACUUUGGUAACAUAUCUGAGGCAAAAUAACUUCUUUGCUCGGACCAGUGACCCGAAACGCAUUGGCCGCAUGGAAUAAUGACGCCUAGGUUAUAGGCAAGAUAUGUGUGAUACAGACUGUAAGUGAAGUCAGAGCUGUCACUAAGAUUUCAAUUUUCUUGGUUAAUACACCAAGUAGGGAGGGGGAUGAUACAACCAGGUAUUUCUUUCUUUCUUUCUAAUUUUUAUGAAGGAAGCUGGGGUUCACAUUUAUAUUUUGCCCUUAAUGACAGCUGCGGAAGUGAUAACAUAUGUAGAGAUAGACCACACCACCAUGGAAACUUCCCCUCCUUUUUCUGAACAGAAGUGUGGGUUCAAACACAGCCAGCAUGUUCUUACCAGUAUUUUUUUAACGCACUGGUUGGUAGUCCUACCAGGGUUUGAAUGUUACAAUAGCCUUGUUCAAUCUCUCAUUUAUGUGUUAUUUAGUUUUUCUCAAGUUUAAAAUAUUACAAAUUAUGAAAUUCUAACCAUGUUGCCUUGGUUUUGUCAGGGGGGAAAAUGUUUGCUGAAUUACGACAACCAGGUGUUUGUUUGUUCUCCAAGAGAAGUCUACUGUUUGGUGCAGCUUCCCUUUAAAAAACAGGUACUCAUUUGUAUGCGGUAGGUAGACAUUCAUACCAGUCUGCUUGAAUGCCAAUUUCUCUUGCUCACUCGUCCGGUCUGUGGCCUCCCACCGCUUAGAAUAUCGUGACGUGAGGAAUCUUAUGAGGUUGACUUGUGGUAAGUCUAUAUUUAUGAUACAAGGAUCCAAUGCAUUUUUGCAAAUAUUUGCGUAGGGAUGAAGCCUAGAAAUAUGGAAGAGGGAAAAAGUAAAGGUGCUCUCUGCGCAUGCCCACCCACUUGGCAUCAGAAACAAAUGCCAGCAUAACACACUCAACUUAAAACCAAUUAUUUUUUGGGUACUUGUGCUCUUUUUCGCUCGAUAAUGACCAGAAAACAGCUUCACUGGCUUCAUAUUGAUUUUUUGAUUUUUUUUUCCAGGUUCAGAUGUUAUUAAAUGAGAAGAGAGUCAAUGAAGCUCUUCAGUUGGCACAUGUUGCCAUGGAGACCAUGAAUGGGCCUCAGAGAGAUGAGAAGGUACUUGAGUAUAUUGUUAAUCCACCAUAACUGACUGUUUGUAGAGUUUUUUUCUUAUCAUCACUUUUGUCUUAGCUUCUUAGUAGAACUCAGCAGAAAGCAGGUUUAAUUUACAUGGCAGAAGGUUACUUCACCGAAGCUGCUAGUCUUAUGAGGGAGGGUGGACUGGAUCCAAGAGAGGUACAUUCUGUUGUCUCUAUCAGACUUUGCUAUUUGUUUACCAUAGUGGGACCAAGAAUGAACCGAGGUUGUGUUUUUAACAAUUAUUCCUCGAGCCCGAAUGGGCUCUGAGUCAAGCUAUUGACUCAGAGGCCAUAAGGGCGAGAGGAAUAAUUGUUUAAGUAAAAUCCAACUAGUUGGUCAAAAAUAUCGAGAAUAAAAACAUUUUAGCUAGUUAAAGAUAGACUUUAAUCCUUUUUUGCUGCCAAAAAGCUGGCGCUUUUCACUACUAGUGGGCUAUAACAUAUAGCCUAGUAGUAGCGCAACCAAUCAGAACGCAGCGUUGACAGUAGACCACUAGUUUAGUUGGAUUUUACUAAAUAGUGAUACAUUCCUCGACUCCAGGCAUGGCUGGAAUGGUACCAGUAUGGUAAACAAGCAACCCUUGGAUUUAAAUCAGGGACCUGCUCUGAGAUCCGGAGCUCUAAACCUUUUUCAAUCAAAGGCACUUAGCGUAUGAGUUUGGUGCAAAAUACUGGGCUUUCCUGGCGUCAGUUGCAUGAAUUCUGUGUCACAUGUAACUGUAACAUCUGGACUGAAUGUUACGUCCUACGUUAAGAUGGGUAAAUUUAAGCAAUGGGACAGCAGAGGAAAGAAAACGGCCAAACCUUCUGUGACAAAGGGACGAAAGUUGUGUUUGGGAAAAUUCUGCAACAAAACUGGCUACCGGUUGCUCUGAGUGCAAAACUGAGUAAGUUACCACAGGAAACUACUAGAUCACAGCCCUGUAGUUUUAUUAUCCUUAAAAACUGAAAUACUUGCGUUCAUUUUUUUAUACUACUACAUGAGAAAUUUCUGCAAUUUGAUUGGUUUAGAGCAGUGGUAUUUCACCUUAACUGAAAUACCUACAUGUGAAAAUUACAAACCUUCCACGGGUAGUAGUAUAAACAGUUAAUAACAUGAUUUGUACAUGAUAUUUGGCAUCAAUACCUCUAAUGAUAUUUCAAAAUUGUCUCAAAUUUCACUCGCCUACGGCUCGUGAAAUUACGUAUAACAAUUUUGAAAUUUCACGCGUGGUAUUUAUGCCAAAUAUCACUGCAAAUCAUGCUAUUACCUAUACAAAUCCUUGAAAAGUCGUAACAGUUUUUCGAGACUGGAUUGAAGAGGAUUUUUAGAAAGUAAAUUUACUCCCCGCUUUUUAAUGCUCAUAUCAUUUUUAUUUUCAGCUAAUAAUUUUAUUUCCCCCACUGCUGUCAUCAAAUUGGAAGUACUUACCGUCAAGAGAAUUGAUCGAACUAAGUAGCCUUGGUAAGUCUGAAAUCUACUCCACACAUUACUUGCUGUUUAAAUGAUGAUUUUCUUAGCCUGCGAGCAAGCUCUUUGGGUCGCUCUUGCGCCCCGCCGCUAGAGCGCCCUGGAGAACUUGCUCGCAGGUUAGAUUUUCUCAACCCGUUUGACAUAAAACCUAUUUUAAGAGUCCAAAAAGUAUUCGUUGUUGUUAGAAACUAGCACGGAGUUAUGAGUUUAUGUUUCUGUACACCCAUGUAAGGUAAUCCAAGACUCUCUUGGAUUCUGGAUUCUACGCUGUGGAUUUCGGAUUCCAGAAUGCGGAUUGCAGGAUUACCCGGUACCUCACAUGGGGCAAGUUCUCUACAUGCACUAGGCAUGCAGGGCUGAGUUUCCUGCACCGCCGGGGUUUCAGGCGUUGAAGUGUUUUGAGAAAAGUCGCGAGAGAAAUGUAAUUUGAAACUUUUUUGAAUUGUCUGCCUAGUACUUAGCUGGCCUAUUAUCGUCCUUAAAAGGGAAAUCAGGCAACGCGCGUUCGCAAUUCAGCUCUUUUGCCUUAUCAGUAUGGAAUUUAUGUGCUCUUUUCUCAGACGUCAUUUCGCUUGGAAACUAGUGUUGGCUGUGUUCUCAGGCUAGACAAACAAUUUCACUAAUAGCAGUUUAUUUUUUGCAGUGAAAGGCAACAAGCAAUUUUUAGUACAGGCUAAACAGUUACUGAUGCAGUACCUUGUAAGCUGAGUUCUUACUUUCCCCUUUAUCAUGAGCUGUUAUCAGUUUUGCAAUUUUAGUCACCUUGUUAACGAAGUGGUGAAUAAAGGGGUCAUACUGAAUAUCUCAUUAAUGCUUUAAAACGCAGGAGGAAACAAGGAGGGCUGCAGAUGAUGCUGGUUACAAAGAGGUAAGAUCUGUUCUGGAUACUGAUUCUCUUGAUACACACACUGGCUAAAAUAAUGCGCUUUUCAUUAAAGCCAAACAUUUUAACCAUAAAAUGACUUGCGAUCAGGCGUUCUUUUUUUUUCUUUCGGGGGGCGAAAUAGUCGGCGAACGGCGAAGGGAAAGGUCCUUCUCCCCUCGUCUUUCAGAGAAUAAGGGGAAAAAAGACCGUCUGAUGGUAGGUUAGCCUUAAUGAUAUGUUCAGUUUAGAGGGACCAUACCAGCUCUCACAAGUGCGCCCCCUAGCACGAUGGUGUCCCACCAAUAGAUGAGUACAUCGUACCUUUAAACCUCCCAUAACUUGCUUGAAAAGACAUAAUAGGUAGGUAGGUAUAGGGAGGGAAUAAUCACAGGCUGACCGGCAUACCUAAAAAUGUUCUGUAGGUAGUUUGCUAUCUUAGUUACUCUGAUGUCGGUCUAUGAUAUGUGGAGAGUGUGCUACGCUUUCGUUUUCUCGGCCUCUCUUGGAAAUCUCCUCUUAAUCUUCUACGGGUACAUUUUUCGCUUCGGUCGAUCACAUUAACGUCCCUCUUAAGAAACACAGGUUGUCUUCAAGGGGUUCGAAAGGUCACGUUGUGACUUGUAAUCGGUAGAUUUUGAUCCAUUAUUUUUCUUUUUCAAGGUUCUUGGUCAUUGUGAUAAGCGGAAGCGAUAAACGCAACCGUUCGUUAAAGUUGUACUCUAGAAGUCGCAUGUUAUUGAAAAGCGCACUAAAACCUGAGUCCAACUUGGCGGGCGUAGGUUCUGCGAUUUCUGUUUCUUCCUUUGUUGCACCUCUUGUAAUAGAAGUGAAGAACGAGUUGAAUGAUAUUUCGUUCGUAGCGUUUAUCUGAUCACAGAGUAUUUUCUCUGCGUCCUCUAGGAAGUUGACACAGCGCUUGUGAAAUUAUACAUCGAAAUCAAUUCUCCUUCGCUUCAAGAUUUGGUUUCCAGCGAAAAUUACUGUACUGUUGCAGAUACCGUGUCUUGGCUUCAGAAAUAUGAGGUAAAGUAAAACGUCUAGACGAUAAACUAUUGUUUAUAAAUACGACAGAAAAAAAUUCUUUGUUACAAAUCACAGUUUCAUUAGUCUUCAGCCCGUUUAGUUUGUUCUGUUAUUUUUUUUGGAGUAAGAAACUAUCUUAAUCUAUUUUAGUCAGACUGAAAAACAAUUGGUUUCCCUAAGUUAGCUUCCUCUUGUAAUGUGCAAAACCCAGAAAAUGUGAAUUCUUUUGCGCUUUGCGCACAUAGCUUCCCUUUCUUAAGGUGAAUUUCCACUGUUGCGUAAUUUUUACGUGCGUACGCACGUAAAUUUUACGCGCGUGAAUAAAAUAGAGGCAAUGUAUGGAAGGUCGCGCUUUAUAAUAUUUAUGCGUGUAAAAUUUACGGCCAUACGCACGUAAAACUUACGCGACAGUGGAAAUCCACCCUAAUACCAAUCUCCCUUUUCCCUCGCUGGCCAACGCAAAUAUUCGGCUAUUGUGCAGUCCGUAGUCUACUUUAGCGUACAUGUAGGGUCGCAAAAAAUACUCCGCAAAUAUUUCGGAAACUGUCUCAAGUUAAUUGUCCAUGAAUUAGAGUACCUGAAUGGAGUGAAGAGUAAUAAUUUUUGUGUUAUGAAAAAUUAGUGUUUCAGUGUAAACGGAAAAUUUUAUUUUUUUGUCAACUGGGUUGGUGAAGAAAAGUUAAUUAACAGCUGACGUCGAGAGCGCCAGCACUUUUUCGGAGCAUACUUUUAGUUGCUUUUGUGACUCAUAUCCUUGUUGUUUUUUACAGAGGUACCACCCUCUGGCCCUGUUCUAUUGUUAUCAUAAUCAAACUGCUCAAGCUAUGGAAGUGUGGAAAAAGUAUGCACUAACUCUGUACCAGAAUAUACUAGAGGAGAAAAAAGGUUUUUACCAUUUCCCGUUGAACGUUUUUGAGAGGAUAACACUGCAAGGUCUGUGACGGCAAAAGACACUGGUGCCUGCGAAUGUUGACCACUACUUUGUUAUUUAUUUAUUUAAUUUUUUUAGCUUCGGCUAUGAAACAAACAAAACAUGCUUAAAUAAACCAGGUUUAACAAAUUCAAUUACACCAGCCUCCCAGAAGUGCAUGUUGCAAGAAACAGAUAACCAAAGAAAACUGCUUCGUCCUAGGCUCGUUGUGUCGCGGAAAACAGACAGCGCAGGGCAUCAUGUGAAGCGCAUCCUUCCCUUGAAACCACACGCCCCUCGCAGGACUGAGGAAGGGAAAUGAGAAAGUUACUUUUUGCUAUAAAGUGAUAGUUUUUCCUCUUUUUUAAAAGGAUUAUCCAGGAGAAGAUUAGAGAUCCAAACUUUCCUGGGAUGGAGUAUGUUGUCAGUUUCCUCUGUAGGUAAGACUGUUUGUAUUUUUUGAUACUGGGAAUUUUAAAAUUUAAGCCAGGAAAAAAAUGCUUUGAUUUCCGAUUUUAGGGCUUGUUAUACCACGGUGUACACGAAACACGGCGAGUCAACAGGGAAGUGAAGUCCUGUUAGAUAUGUGUAGCCCAACAAGUAAUUGAUUUAUCUUUUCUCUUGAUUUGGAUGAUUUAGUUUAAAGGAUUUUGAACUACUGUGGAAUCACGUGCCAUGGCUAAUGGAAAAGGAUCAAGAUAUAGCAGUUAAGGUAAAGUGUUCGGUUUGAACAUUGACCUGCAAUCCAAGAUAGGCUGUGCCUCUUCCCCAUUUUUAGCAAGGAGACGGGGAAUGGAAUAUUUCAUUGUUCCUCUUUCCCAAUCCUCUGACGUCGUUCCAAUCCUUAACCUUACGGGUGAGAAAGGAGCUUUUGUAGUUUGGAAAAAAAAUGGUGGUUUAUUAAUACCGCACCGAUCCUGUACUUUUUAGGACAAUCACUGACAUAUCUCACUUCCUUCGUUUCAACGCGUAGCCACUGAAAUAUCCAUCAGGAAAACGUAGGAUUUUGUACGCGAUCGCGCGGUUUACACUAGACUCGGUGUCUCGAUGCGCCUGCGGUACUCCCCACCCCACUGGGCGUAUUGAGACACUCAAGGCUGGAGACUCAGCCCAGGCUUGCGUGCAAGACUUCAGUAAUUCUUCAAUUACGCUUUGAUUGGAAUGCGUAGGAGGUGAAAAUUUUUGUUUAGACGCGUUUGUCAGUUUCAAAAUACCCAAAUUUUGCCAUGAAUUUGUCAUUUGCCACUUUAGAAAGGGGAGAACAGAGAAGGAAACUAGAGCCGAAAUUUCUGAAAUCGUUUCUGUGGAGGCGUUGUUCAGCUAGUGGCCAAUUUAUCCCCUGUCCCUCUUCCCAGAAGUCUUUACGAUAGUUAACUCGAUCCAGUCUCCUCGUUUCUUAAGUGGCGAAUUCUUGUGCGGCAACACCCUUGUCUGUAAAUUAAAAACUUUGUUGUUAUUUUACGUUGUUGUAGAUUUUCACUAGCAGCUCAGCAGAUAAGUCUUCAAAAGAGGAAAAGAUGAAGCCUGACUUAAUAGUAGAAUAUCUUCAAAGAUUCCCAGUGGCAUUACAGCGAUAUCUAGAACAUCUUGUGUAUGUGAAAAAUUAUGAGGUAAUUUGUACUUUAUUUUAGCCGUUCAUACAUGUCAUUGAGUUGAAGUUUUAUGUUUUUCGUUUUAAACUCAUUAUAGUGUUUUUCAUAUCCUAAAACAAAAGGACGUGAUAUUUCGACCGAGGAUAAAAUUGCGCCUUUACCUUACAUUAUCGAAGAAACCGUGUACUAAUUUUAAAAAAAUCGUGUAUAAAUUGCUGGUUUGCAUCUGACGUCACGGUGGCCAUGUUGUUUGACAAGAACAAAAGCGUUUCUUUCCGCUGGGAACUAAACUCUUUUUCCAUACAUAUUUUGGGGAAAAGAAGUUGUAAUUUUGGUCAACCAACUUGGCCCCCCUAUAACGUAGUUGGAGACUAUUAAUAGGUUUUUGUUCCCCAACGGUACCCUUGAUUUCCACCGAUCUCUCGAGUAGGGUCAAAGGAGGAGUGCGGGUUCAUUUUUCCGAACAGCGGCUAGUAAUUGAGCCAACCCAAACUGCCUUCUAUGAAAAUUUUCCGUGUCUUUGAACCAAUGAGACAAACAAUGGUAGAACUAAUCGGUCUCUCUGUUCUCUCAACUAGAAAGAGAAGUACCACACCCAUCUAGCGCUGCUUUAUCUUGAACAAGUGUUGAAAAUGAGACGAGAACCGUCAUGUUCCUUAGAAAAACUGAACGUACAAAGGUAGGAAUUGGGCUAUCACAAGCCGGAAAACUAUAAAUAAUUACUAGACUAGAAAAAAAUCAAAGUAAGUGUCAAACUCAGACACCAACCUACCUCGCAAGUACUUUAUGCAUGCGCACAGCCAUAUCUCUUGCUUUAAGGUUAUACAUGAGCAACUACAGAUCGUCAGAAGCUCAGGCUGAAUUAAGCGUACUUAAAAUUUUUCUACCGCUGAAAUAGUCCUAAAGCUAUUUCCUCGGUAAUUGUCGGGCAAAAAACGAAAGGUGCGCCGGAAGGAGCGGUAUUCUUAAUCGCGCUCAAUCUCAAGACAUGACGAGGACGACUACGAGUACGAGAUUUGACUUAAAUUUUUUUCGCGUAUUCUCAAAAUAUAGACUCCCCGGAAAGCUUCAUUUUACCAUUUUUCACUAGGAAAGUUAACACUGUUACCUUUAGUCUCGUGAAGGAGUUUAAACCCUCUCCAAACCGCAAAAUGAUAAAACUUCUAACAUUUGAUAACUUGUUUUCCACACUUCGACAUUCUCGCUAAAACUCGUAGUAGAGUGACGACGGCUACUACGUUUUCCCGCCAAAAUGACGCUGGUUCACGCGCGAGCACUACUUAGUAUUGAGAAAAUCUCUUACUCGUUGUCGUACUCGUCUUAGAAUCUAAAGGCCUCUAAUGCGCAAUUGUCUUCUUGUAAAAGUGUCCCCGUUUUUCUUGUCGGUCGCCACCAAAUAGCAAUUCAAAGUCAACAGAAAAAGGCGAUCUGGUUAUGUUUUCUCAGAUUACCCUAUCCGUGACUUUUGUCACCUUUUGGGAAGCUCCUGUAAACAGCUUGAUUUUUUUCUUUUAGAACUAAGCUCCGCCACAUGUUGGAGUGGUCAUGUCUGUACCGAGUGACUCUCUUGUUGUCUAAGAUUAAUGAUGAUUCAGAUUUAGAUGCUGAGGCCGCCAUUCUCUAUGGAAAGGUUGGUACUGAGACGCUAAGUUUUCGAGUACAAUAGGUACUUGACAUUUAAAUUUUAUUCUUUUGUACAACUGCCCAAUUCGUUAUAUCGCGCCUCGCGUUUAGGAAACAGAUGUGUACUUGGAACGAGUUCAAAAGGUCAUGGUUUGUGAUCUGUGAUCCGUGGAUUUCGAUCCGUUUUGUUUGUUUCUGUGUUUCAAGGUUCAUUGCCUGUGAUCGUCCUGUUUCGGGCAAUAAUUGACUAGUUUGGCUCGAACAUGUUUCUGAUCUUUCUUACAAAUGUCUACCUUACUUGCAAGAAUAAAGAAAAGUCUGUCUCCCCUCGACAAAAAUUUCAUUCACCAUCGAGGUUUCCUUCGCUAUUCUCGAUCAGUCUAGAGUCAUUCUCAGUUUUGUUUUUGAGGGCGAAGCUGGCAUGGGCGAGCGCGUUGCGUUGUGAUUUACUAAGCUUACUUUGAAUUUUUUUUUCAGAUGGAGCAAUACAGUAAAGCUCUAAAGAUUUUAGUUUACAAACUUGAGGAUUACGCAGAAGCUGAAAGAUUUUGCGAGUUACAUUCUAAGGUGAUUAUAAACGCUCGUUUAUCGACGAAUAGAUAGCUAGAUAUCUUCAUUUCUGAUGUACAGCGCGCGAAAUCUAAAGAUCAAAGUAUUUGUGAAUAGUUUUCACCGCUUGAGUUUGUUUCACGGAUUACAUCUCAUAUCUCUAUAAUUAAUUCCGAGCGUAACAAGGUUAACAUCAUCACAUUUGACUCUUUUAGGGCAAGGACAGAAACUUUCGCACGAAGCUUUUCCAAACUUUGCUAGAAGUCUACCUUUCACCAGACGAGUAAGUAGAUGAAGAAAUCAUUGGCUAGUUUUUCUUAUUUUUGAAAAUGUGAAGUAUUUGUUAACUCAAGAUCAAGCUCCGGUCUUAGCUCCCUCGUAAAAUACAGUGGAACCCCGAUAUAACGAUUCGAUAUAACGAAGCUCCCGGUAUGACGAUGAAUAUUCUAACAGUAAAAUGUAUGGGAGAGAACCCCGAUUUUACGAUAUUGUCGACAUAACGAUGGGAAUUUAGCGGACCGAGCGUAAAAUCUUUCCCGAUAUAACGAUAUUAUCAGUACACAGUCACAAAUUAAGAAAAGCAUUGAAUUUAACGCAAUAACAUUACAGUAAUCGAGUAAUCUCUAACGUUUCUAUCAACUUACUUGGUCUACUUGGGCUGUACAUAAUUUUCAUCACACAAACAUUGAAAAGAAAACGACUUAAGAAGGACUGUUGCAAGAGUGUCAUGCGCAAUAAUGCAUUAAAAACAAUGAACACGCGAACUCGGUAAGUAAAGAUUCUAACAGUCGCAACUUCAAAUGAUUAAGUUUAGUUUUAUUGCACUUGUACGAUUCCCCCCUCAGAAUUUACUGGGUAUAACAAACUUUGAAAACUUCUAGUGCUUUGCAAACUGUUUAAGGACAUUGCUGCGUGCUUGAAAUGUUACAUUUGUAGAUCGUUAGAUACUCAUUACAAAUUUAAUAAUAAUGUAUGCAGUAAAAGUGCAUGUUAGGUUUACCCUGAUAUAACGAUGUUUUCGGUAAUUUUUAAGGCCAUGUCGUUAUAUCGGGAGUUUCGAUAUAACGAUUCCUCGAUAUAACGGUAUAAUUUUACUGCUCCCUUGGCAUUUCGGGGUUCCACUGUAGAACUCUUCUGUAGGGCGUGACCUCAGGUUAACUGCUUCAUUUCUUUUUUCUCAAUUUUCAGGGAACACGAGCCAUUGAUCACGCCAGCUGUGGCACUUCUCAAUUCACAUAUGGCGGACUUUGACACUGCUGAGGUAUUGUUUAAUAUUCCGUCUUCUAUAACCACCACCUUUUCCAACAUGCCAAAGUAUUUUACAGAAUUCGCCAUUUGCUCAUCUUCCAUAAUACUUCUUGUUGCCCGCCGCCCGCCUAAAUUUUACAUUACCUUUGUUCCCAAGAGAAAUCAAGGACAAAGUCUAUGCAUUUUUUGGGGGGCGGGAGGAGGGGCUUAUCAAGGUGUAUUAUGGGAGAUGUGCAAAUGGCAAAUGGGCCAUUCUGAAGUUGCGCUUAUGACUGGGUCAGUGAAGUUUCAAACCAUACUAUGGGACUGUCGUAGGGGAGUAAACGCAGUUUCCUGCUACCCUCCUAUUAGUAGAAGCGAGUCUUAAAGUGAAAUUCACGGCAACACAAUACACAAUACAAACACAAUACCUUUUCUAGGAUAAUUGAUAUUUAUGAUUUUAGAGCAUCCAGUCCUCAAAUUGAACUGAAUUGGCUUUUUACGCUUUUAUAUCUGAAUGCAACCCACCUUUAAAUAACCCGGCCCAUGAGUUGAAAGUGUUUGUGUCGUUUGCAAAUUUUUCAGGCGAUGAAACUUAUCCCUGAGGAGUGGUCGAUUGGCCUCAUUUCUCAGUUUCUAAGCGGUUCAUUGCGGUUGAGUCUUCAUAAAAGUCGCACCACUAAGAUGCUAAGUUCCCUGGCUCGAGGGGAAAACAUCAAAGUAAGUUAUAAUAACCCUUGUUUGGGGCAAAUCCCUUGGGCAAUCAUAGGCCCUUAUCCUAUUAUACCGUCUUCUGCCGAUUAUAACCCCUGGGCUUAUACGUCUUGUAAGGGGUAUUAGGGGGAGGGGCUUAUAUCCCAGGGGGCUUACAACCGGAAUAGAAUAAACAGGCGCAAAGGCCUAGAACUGCUAUCAAAGGUGGCUUUAAAGAAAUGGAACAAGAAUUUCAGUUUGGGAAACAGGACUUCCUUUUCAUACCUUCCUUUGCUCCAGGAAAUCAUUUUCCGAUGAAACGACCCAAAAAGUCGUCUUCCAUUUACUUUCUAACCGGAUUGUCCGGAAACUUUUUGUAAGUACAGUCAAACUAUGUCUUGUGUAUAACGGCCCUGUAUAUAGCGGUCACCCUGCAUCCAUUACGGUCACCGGACAACUUCUUGAAAAGUUUCAAUUGACCACUCCAGAAAAUACCCAAAUACCAAAAUACCCAAAAUUUUGCAUAAGCAUUGUUUUCAGUUUCUCUUGGGGGUUAAAAUGGCCCUAAGAGAAACUGAAAAUAAUGCUUAUGCAAAAUUUUGGGUGACAAAGAAAGAUCAUUUUGGUGUGCUAUGGUAUUUUCUGGAGUGGUCAAUUGCCUAAUAUUUUCUGCAAAGUUGACCUGUAUAUAGCGGCCACCCUGCAUUCAACGGUCACCUCGCCUUUUCCCAAGGGUGACAGACAGGUUUGACUGGAGUAAACAACCGUGGUUUCUGGCGUAUUUUUUCUAGCGAAUUAGCCAGAAAGUAAUAAUUCUAUGACCCGGGAAUAGCCAAGGCUAAGUGGCAGUAUGUCACAUGUUGGGCCAUUCUAAGCCUGUACCAAUUUAUGGGAUCUUUGUUUUGACGAAUUUGUAAUCUCUAUAUGUUCUGAACAUGUACUUGUAUGCAUCACAUAUUAAAUUUGUUAUGGUUUCGUUUUAGAUGAAGAGUUCUCACAUGAUAUCCCACAAAGCCCAUCUUUUGGUGACUGAAGAAAGGUAAUCUCUUGGUCAAUUCUAAGCCACAGCUCCAUAAUUCGAAUUAAAAAAAAAGAAACGAUACAGGAUUGGAAAAAAAGGAGAGAAAUACAAGGGAAAAAAUAACCUGAGAAAACAGCCGACAUUUUGCGACGCCACUACUGGUUUCCCCGCGAAAUGACGUCUGAGAAACGAGCGAAGAAAUUCCUACUGAUGACGUGUGGGAUAGUGCUUCUUAUUGGUUAAAAUUUGCUUCAACCAAUCAGAAGCUUUGCCCAGAUCUGGGUAGUGACGCGUCACCAUCAGUAUGGAUUUCUCAGACGUCAUUUCGCGGGGAAACCAGCGGUGGCGUCGGCUGUUUUCUCAGGCUAGGAAAAAAGCAAACAACAGAAGAAGAACCAUAUUGUGUGCUGCCACUGAAUCGUGUAUUUAUUUAUUUUUAUUUAUUUGCUUACAGUAAUUUUUGUUGUUCUUCAGGCUAUGUCAGUCUUGCAGGAGGCCCUUUAAUGACCCGGCCGUUGUACGCUAUCCUAACGGCGUAAUAACUCAUAUACACUGUGCAAGGAACAAGACUGUGUGUCCCGUGACCGGUCACGUGUUCUCUUCUCUUGAACAAAGCAGUGAGGCUCCAAGUGGCAAGUGAUAAUAUGCUAUAUUUCACGUGCUUGGACCAUACGCGUGCCUCUACCGCGCCCAGAUCGAGGGUGGGCAGAACAACGCAGGUGGUAUGUCACCCUUCAGGGCCCAAGGAAGCGUACAUCAGAAUCCAGCUUUCGGGUCAUAUGGGGUAGACGACUAUAUGGCAUUUAGCCAUGAAGUAUAUACAUCUAUUACGUGCUCCUCUCGGAUUAACAUAUGGCCUUCGUAUGUCUGACUUGUGCUGCUUAUCGCUUGGAUUUGUCCACGAUAGAGUGGUUUUCGUUUGAGUGUCGUAAAACCCAAACCAAAGUAAUUACUCUGGCCAAUCACAUAGGACACAGACAAUACAUUGAACCAAUCAAAACUCGAAGUAAUUACAUGUGGCUGACGCAAAGCGCGGGAAAAUGCAUGCGAGCGCGUCACAAUUGGCUUUGGUUUUACUUCUGAUUGGAUGAAAAGGUGGCGCGAAUCUUUUAAGCCAAUCGCAUCGUGUAGAAAGUGCAAAACCAAUUACUUUUCGACACUCAAAUGAAAACCGCUCUAAGGCGGCUACUUACAGAAAGGUCAACCCUCAUCGCUAAAAAGAAAUUGAGAAGGUUACGUUAUGUGGUCUUCCCUUUUUGUGGCAAUAAAGACAUGAAGAAACAGAUUAGUGCUCGGUAAUUUAUCUUGAAUUAUCACAUUCAUCUACCUGUAACCUCUGUAUAAAGUUUUAGAACAGUGCUAGUGGUGAUAACUUUAAAAGUGAAGUUUAUGCGUAGUCUCAAAGACAAGAUCCGCACGAGAUCUUGCAUGGCAUGAAUGUGUUAGCUGAGCCCAAACGAGAAUGUUCCUGGUGCUUUUAUUUAAUGAAAUUUAGUCAUUUCCACGAAAUAUUUUACAAUAAAAUGUUUGUCUAUAAAAUAAUUAUUUUUAUAGCGGACUAAAUGUAUAGAACCCUAAGUCGAUCAUUUUCCAUGAAUAUGCUGAAUUUGUACAUA